AUGUCCGACCUACAAGGACGCAAAGUCUUCAAGGUUUUCAACCAAGACUUUAUCGUCGAUGAACGAUAUACCGUCACUAAGGAACUAGGGCAGGGAGCUUACGGUAUUGUUUGUGCUGCAGUAAAUAACCAGACGAACGAAGGUGUGGCCAUCAAGAAGGUUACCAAUGUCUUCAGCAAAAAGAUCCUAGCUAAGCGCGCCUUGCGCGAAAUCAAGCUCCUACAACACUUCAGAGGUCAUCGAAACAUCACAUGUCUCUAUGAUAUGGACAUUCCUCGACCGGAGAACUUUAACGAGACAUAUUUAUACGAAGAACUAAUGGAAUGCGACUUGGCUGCUAUUAUUCGUUCCGGGCAACCCCUUACCGACGCCCACUUCCAAUCAUUCAUCUACCAGAUCCUUUGCGGCUUGAAAUAUAUUCACUCAGCAAACGUCCUACACCGCGAUCUAAAGCCAGGGAACUUACUUGUCAAUGCUGAUUGCGAACUGAAGAUUUGCGACUUUGGUUUAGCCCGUGGCUUCUCGGUUGACCCUGAGGAAAAUGCCGGUUAUAUGACUGAAUAUGUUGCCACGCGAUGGUACCGUGCGCCUGAGAUUAUGUUAAGCUUCCAGAGUUAUACCAAAGCUAUUGACGUUUGGUCCGUGGGGUGUAUUCUUGCCGAACUCCUUGGUGGGCGACCCUUUUUUAAGGGACGCGACUACGUCGACCAGCUCAACCAGAUCCUCCACAUUCUUGGAACACCUAACGAAGAGACCUUACUACGCAUUGGUUCCUCUCGCGCCCAGGAAUAUGUCCGAAAUUUGCCCUACAUGGCUAAAAAGCCCUUCCCAACCCUAUUUCCCAAUGCCAACCCCGAUGCGCUGGACCUCCUUGAUCGCAUGCUAGCGUUCGAUCCAUCUUCACGUAUUAGCGUUGAACAGGCCUUGGAGCAUCCCUAUCUCCACAUUUGGCAUGACGCCUCUGACGAGCCCGACUGUCCCACCACCUUCAACUUCGACUUUGAGGUUGUUGACGAUGUAGGUCACAUGCGCGAAAUGAUCAAGGAUGAGGUGUUCCGAUUCCGACAACUAGUACGCACCGCACCAGGAAGUGUCGGGCAGGCUGGUGGACCGCAGGUGGCGGCUGGUCAAGUGCCGAUGCCUAGUGGUGGAAAUUCGCAAUGGAGCGCCGAAGACCCUCGACCCCAAGAAUACACAAACCAGAUGGGGUUAGAAGGGGAAUUGCAGGGUGGUCUUGAUGCCAGCGUAAGAAGAUAG